AUGGACGUUGAUGUAAAACAAGGUCGUUUAAGACCAGUGAGAAGAAAUGGAUUGAUUAAUGGAAUGAAUCCUUAUCAAUGUCUUAGUUGGAUAUAUACUCUAUUUGAUAUAGUUAUAGCAUACAUUUUCGCUUUUUAAUUUGAAGACACAGGAAUGAAGGUAUUAAUCUUUUCAUUCAGGAACUCCAAUUGAUACUUCUUACAGUUAUAGUUACUUGCAUAAUUUAUUCUUGUCUCAGAGCUGCAUUAAUAGAUCCUACAGAUUCAAUUGUGAAGGAAGAAUAAUUAUCAAAACUACAUGGGUAAUAUUAAAAUUGAUAUUCAAAGAAAAGAAUUUAAGACAGAUAUAAAAUCAUAUUGUUUAGUAUGUUAAGCACAUGUAUAAGAUAAGACUAAACAUUGUUGGAGUUGUAAUAAGUAUAAAAUACUAUAUAUUAGAUGUAUAUCAAAAUUUGAUCAUCAUUGUAUUUGGUUGAAUAAUUGUGUUGGAGAUUAAAAUUAUUCUUAUUUCUUUGUUUUAGUAUUAUCUUUAGUUGCACUUAAAAUUUUUAGAUUAGGUUAAGAUUUUAAAUUGCUUUAUCUUCAAACUAAUUUUGAUAUUUUAGUUUAUAUUUGUAUAGCAGUAGAUCCUCCUGUAUUAAUUGUAUUGAUAUAUUUAUUAUCUAUGCAUUUAUACUUUAAGUAAUAAAAUAACAAUAUAUUUAGAUGGAAUAAUAUAUCAACUUAUGAAUAUAUAAAAUCAAAAAAAGAAGCUAAAGAUAAAUUGAUGAAAACAUAGAAUGUACAAAAUAAGUAGAUUCAAAAUGAGAGUACUACUGGUUACGGAUAAUUAUUAUCAACAUCUAAACGUUUUGAUUUAAAAUCACAAUUAUCUUUAAAAACUGGAGAUACAAAAAAAUCUAAUCCAAACUAUUUCUCUAAUAAAUAAGAAGAUGAAAAGAAAAAUAAUUAAUAGACAUAACAAUAAUUAACAUAAAUUCCAAGUUUAUUUACAUCUAAACCUACAACACCUGGAAAUGAUUAAGAUAAAAAAUAAAAGAUUUCAUAAUUGUCUAAACCAAAAGAUUUAGAUGAUUUAAAAGAUAAAUAAAUAUAUAAUUAAGUGAUAGUUGAAGAUUCAGAACCAUAAUUAAAUGAAAGUUCUGAUGAAGAUGAUCAUUUUAAUAAUGAAAAAAGCAAGAAUCAUUGUCCAUAAAAUAGUCAUAUAUCAGAAUUACCUAAUAAUAUUGAAUAAAUUAUUGUUAAAGAUGAUUAAAUAAAUGAAAAAGAUAUGAUAAUUAAAUAAGAGAUAGAAAUUAAACCAGAUAAAGAAUCAGAAAAUGAAGAUAUAGUAUCAAAUCAAUAAUCUCUACAUGCAUAAGAACCACCUCUACCUUCAAAAUGUUAUACUUUUUAGUUAGAAUAAUAAGUAGAUCCAAAUAAUAUGAUGUCAAAUAACAAUUAAAAGUUAUAUUGUACUCAAUGA